AUGAACUGCCAGGCUAAGUUGUCGAUAUAUCUUGACAAAGAAAGUUCGAACUGGAAGGUCCAGAAAGUCAUCCUCGAGCACAACCAUGACUUAGUAGCUAGGUGUAUGGUACACUUAAUUCCAAAGUUCUGUCGGGUUUCAGGUGCGGCAAAGGAUCAGCUAGAUGGUAUGCAAAGUUAUGGGCUACCUACGUCAAAGAUUCUUAGGUACAUGCUAGGGAUUGCGGGGGGGGGGGGGGGGGGGGGGGGGUAUUCACUAUUGGGUUUCACAAAGAAGGAUGCUUAUAACUACCUUGACCGGACUAAGCGCGCAAGGAUUGCAGAUGGGGAUGCAAAUUCUGCCAUUGUCUAUUUAGAGGGAAAGGCUUCUGUGGACCCCAUGGCAAUGGCGAGGUAUAACCUGACUAAGGAGGGUAUGUUGUCCAACUUGUUUUGGGCCGAUGGAAUGAGCAGAGUUGAUUACCAACACUUUGGUGAUGUCCUCGUGUUCGAUUCAACGUACAAAAAGAACAAGUAUAGGAGACCGCUUGUAAUAUUCUCAGGUGCAAACAACCACAAACAGACGACUAUCUUUGGAUUCGGGAUAGUGUUGGACGAGACGAUUACUUCGUACAAGUGGAUGCUAGAAAAUCUUCUUGAAGUGAUGUGUAAUAAAUUGCCAUCUGUUGUAGUCACAGAUGGCGAUGAUGCCAUUAUUGCAGCAAUUACGGAAGUUUUUCCUAGUGCAACCCAUCACCUAUGUGCUUGGCAUCUACAAAAGAAUGUUACAUCUAAUGGGAACGAGCAGAUGUUCAGGAACUUGUUUUCAAGGUGGUUGUAUGCGGAUAUGUCGAUAUAUGACUUUGAAGCGGAAUGGGCUGAAGCAGCGGAUGAAUACGAGUUACAUGAUAAGUUGUGGGCAAUGCAGAUGUACGAAUAG